UAAGUACUACAAAAACAUCACCAUGAUUAGGAAACAAGCUAGAGAAAGACGAGAAUAUCUUUAUAGAAAAGCCCUCCAGCUUCAGGAGUCAUCACUUACUGAAAAACGACAACAGUUAAAAGCAGCAUUAGCCACCGGUAAACCGCUUUCUAAAGACCUUGCUGAAGAUUCUAAGCUCCAAUCUGAUUUCAUUUAUGACCAAAGUAUCCAAGAUGAAGUUGACAUAGAUGAUGAAUACAGUGCCAUGUCCGGUAUAUCUGACCCCAAGGUCAUCAUCACCACCUCGCGAGAUCCCAGCGUACGAUUAUUACAAUUUUCCAAAGAAAUAAAAUUGAUGUUCCCCAACAGUUUGAAAUUAAACCGUGGUAAUUACGUUAUCCCGGAUUUAGUCAAGACCUGUUCACGAGUUGCCGUCAGUGAUGUGAUCAUCUUGCAUGAGCAUCGUGGUGUCCCUACCAGUUUAACCGUGAGUCAUUUCCCACAUGGCCCAACUGCGGUGUUCACAUUACAUAAUGUCAAAUUAAGACACGAUUUGCCUAAUUUGGGUAACGUAAGUGAAUCAUAUCCUCAUUUGAUAUUCGAAGGGUUCAAUAGCAACUUGGGUAAGCGUGUGGUUAAAAUAUUGCAGCACUUGUUCCCACCAGGGGUAAAAAAGGACUCAUCCAGAGUGAUCACAUUUGUUAAUAAUGACGACUACAUAUCGGUAAGACACCAUGUCUACGUCAAGACCAAGGACUCGGUCGAAAUCAGUGAAAUCGGUCCAAGAUUUGAAAUGAGAUUGUAUGAAAUAAGAUUAGGCUUGCCAGAUAAUAAGGAUGCCGAUGUAGAAUGGCAAUUGAGAAGAUUCAUUAGGACCGCAAAUAGAAAGAAUUACCUCUAGACAAGAACUAAAAACAAAUAAAAAUAAAUAUCGUUUAUU